AUGUCUCUUCUCCAAGUCCGCGACGCCGUCGCCUUCCCCGGCGGCAGCAACUCGAGCGACACCGUCAUCGAUAAUGUCCACUUCAACCUGACGACGCUCAAUUUCUGGAAUUACACGCUCUACUCCAACGGCACCCUGUCCAACGGCUCGUGGUGUCUCUUGACCUUCCCGCCGUACACGCCCCCAUUGCUCCUCGAGAACGGCACCUUCAUCAACGCCACGUGGUGCUACUCCCCCGUCAAGGGCAUCCAACACCGCGCGGCCAUUGCAAUUGGAUAUGCGGUAGUCUUUGGCAUUGCGCUGGUCCUCACCCUCGUCAGCCUCAACAAGCAUGCAAGGCUCUAUCUCCCGGCCGAGAAGCGCUUCUAUCCCAUUGGAAGGCGAUGGCAGUGGUACUGGGCGAUAUGGGUGUGCGCAACGGCGCUGAUUAGCUUGCUCACCUGCAUUGAUGUCGACCGGUACUUUCUGCCCGAGCUGCCCAUAAUCCUGACGAGCUUCUUUUGGUAUCUGAUGCAGAUCGGCGCCAUUGCCGUGGUCUGGGAAGCUGUGAGGCACUGGGGCAGUUGGAUGGAGAGGCAGUUCACGGAUCCCGACCCUUUUGCGCUCCGAGACGGCGACAGGAGGUCAAAGGUCGAGUUUUGGUUGCCGCUGUGGUUCUACCUUUUCCUGUGGCUGAACUUCUUCAUGAUUGUCCCCCGCAACUGGGAGCCAAUCCAGCACCAACGAUAUCCACAGCAAGUCGUCGAUGAAGCUAUACCAACUGCUACAGAUGCCCGGUUCAAAACGGCCGCCUUUCUCCUCGCCGUCUGCUGGCUAACCACCGUCUUCUCCCUACGCCACUCCAUCGAGCACUACUGCCCGCGCAACCGAGGCAUCCUCAAUCGUAUAUCAGGCUUCCUCCGGUACACACCCGCCCGGUUCAUGAUCAUCCUCCCGCUCGCCGCCGUCGUGCCUGUCUACCAAGCCCUAGUAGCAUGGCACUUCGCCUGGAGCCCGCUCAACAUCGACGGGCUCGACGCCGCCAUCUAUCCCGGCGCGUACACCCCCGCGCUGCUCAUCGUACUGGUCCAAGCCUACUUUGGACUGCUGCUCCCCAACGAGGACAAGGAGCUGCUGCGGCAGCGCCGUGUACGCGACCAGGCGCUCGACCGCGAGAUGGGCAUCGUGCACAAGCCCUCCUGGUGGCGUCGGAUUAAUGGCGAGCACAUCGCCGCCAACGAGAGCAUGAGCGACCGUCUGGCCCGCAACGUCCGCGAGGUUCAAGGGAACAGGCAAGCCACGACGCGCAACCCUGACGGUAUUGACAUCGCCAGCGGCCCGGUGGAGAUGACGCCUGUUUCGCCGCCGCCGCCGGCUAGUCCCAGGAUUUCGCGUACCGAGGUUGAGCGGUACAGUGGUAAAUCUGAUCGGGGGCGAACGGAGCUCGCCGCCGGCCUGAUGUUCCCUCAAGCAGGGGAACGUGCUGCCGCCCAGAGGCACGAAGAGAUUGGGUUGGAUGAUGCCGCGCCGCCGCCCUACCAGCCCGAAGGAGACGCCGGGACAAGGCCUGCCCCGAACGUGGAGCGAAGCGCCACUUCCAACUCAACCGACCGUCCGCCACAGCAGAUUAGGAGUAUGCUGGACGUUUGA